UCACCUUUUCCUUCACAAACUUGUAACUAAGCCAAAACAAGCUUUCAAAACUCUUAGCUGAAAACAAACAGACAACAAGAAAGAAAGGAAAAUGCCUGAGAAAGAGGGUUCAUGUGUUGGUUUGAAUGAGUCAAGAUUGGUGGUGAGGAAGUUUUUGGCUAGGCCCCAACCUGAAGGAGUUGGUGCAGUAGUGAGAAGAAGCAUAGGCCGGUUUGAGUUGAGAUACUUUGAUCCUUUCCUUGUUUUGGAUGAAUUCUCAGUGACAGCACCUGCUGGAUUUCCUGAUCAUCCACACAGAGGAUUUGAGACUGUGACCUACAUGUUACAGGGGGCAGUUAAGCAUGAAGACUUUGAUGGACACAAAGGGACCAUUGGAGCUGGUGAUCUACAAUGGAUGACUGCUGGGAGAGGCAUUGUGCACUCAGAGAUGCCUGCAGCACAAGGAACCCAAAAGGGUCUACAGUUAUGGAUCAAUCUCUCGUCCAAAUAUAAGAUGAUUGAGCCAAGGUAUCAAGAAAUAUCAAGUAAGGACAUUGCAGAAGCUACAAAAGAUGGGAUCAAAGUUAGAGUUAUAGCUGGUGAGGCUUUAGGAACUAAGUCAGCAGUUUAUACUAGAACCCCAACAAUGUACUUGGACUUCACUCUCGAACCGGGAGCUCACCUUCAACAGCCAAUACCGGAAUCGUGGAACGCCUUUGUUUAUGUCUUGGAAGGUGAGGGUAUCUUUGGCCGGUCGAAAUCGUCCCCGGUGAAUGCGCACCAUCUGCUGCUAUUAGGAUCCGGGGAUGGGUUAGAGGCAUGGAACAAGUCCUCUAAAUUGCUGAGGUUUAUUUUAGUAGGAGGUGAACCAUUGUGUGAACCUUUGGUGCAAUUUGGACCUUUUGUGAUGAACACUCAAGAAGAGAUCGAUCGGACGAUCAACGAUUUCGAGAAUUACACGAACGGAUUCGAGAAAGCCAGGCACUGGAGAUCUGAAUCUGGUCUUACCCUGGAUUUCUGAUUCUUGUUUUUUAUUUUGUCUAAGAACCAAUUGGUUCAUUUUGGCAAAGAGUAUGGGGGAAUUAAACAAAAAAGAAUCAUUGAUAUCUUAAUAAUCUAAAUAUGUACAUUAUAGAUUAUGCUUAGUCAAGGAAAUUUCAAUAAUCUACUCAAUUUGAAGCACUUAUUUUAUCAUCCUA